GGAUAAACCAAUUUUAUUACUAAACUCAAAAUAUAAUUCAAUAGUUAUUACUAUACAUACUUGAUAUAAUAAAAUACAUAAAUUAUAAAUUAAACAUACAACAAAGAUUUAUAUGAUACAUCUCAUACAUAAUAUAUAGAUUGGAUUUAAAGUAUAAUUUUGAUGAUGCCAACACUUGAUGGACACAUAAUAUAAUGGAUGUCAGAUUUGUUAAACAAAUUGGCUUUUGGUUACUGUCGGUCUACCUAAGGAUUAAAACAAAUUCGCCAAAAUAGGUGAGUAAAAUGCUGAUUUAAACAACUGAAUAAAAUUGAAAAUUUAUAAAAGAAAAGAAAAUUUAUUUAAGAGGGCGUGGUACCACUUGUAAUUCUAAUGAAAAAAUUGUUAUACUUGAGCAAAGACUAUUUAACUUCUUAGUUUAGAAACCAAAUCUUCAUCAUAAAAAUAGAACUUAUGAGAUCACUGUGUAUUAUUGAUUUGGUUUUUUCUGUAAAUAAUAAAAAAAUGUAGUUUGUUCUAAAGACUGUUAAUUUAAAGUUUAAUUUGAAUUACAUAUUUAAUAGUAAUGAUAUUAAACAACAACCUAACAAUACACAGUGCAAAUUCUAAUACUUUUAUGGUUAAAAUUUGAUUGAUCAAUUCAGUCUGUAUUUGAAUAUUUUUCAUCUUGACAAUUUUGAGAAUAUUUAUAAGCAACUCUUUAAAUGCGGGAGGUAGAAUAUUCUCUUAAUAGUUGAAUAAAUUUGUUGAUGUAUAUUUAUAAAUUAGCAAAAAUAAUAGAAUAAAUAAUAUUUUUCUUUUAGAAUAAUCAUUUGGAUUGACAUUUGACACGCAGAGGAAAAAAAUAAUUAUAGUAUAACCAUUAGAUUCUUUAAAAAAAUAAUAAUCAAUUACUAGGUAGGUUAAAAUAAUACUUAUCAUGCAAAAUAUGUUCACAAUUAACACACAGGAACAGAUUACAGAUUAAAAAUCCCGGUGUUUAAUUGCUGCUUUUAUGUUGUUGGAAGUUAGUAACAAUGAUCUAACUGUAAUCGUUAAGUUGUUCCUUAAUCACUAUUACCGAUAACCAAACGUUGACGUGGUAUCUUAGUUAAUAUCACUAUCGUGGUUAAUAGUAGUAAAUGAUAUCGAAUUAGUGAUAUAGAAUUUAUAUGAUAGUGUUUUGGCCAAAAUAUUAAAUUCCCGGAUCAGCCAGAUAGUAUGUGAAAGGUUAUUGUAUUCUAAGGUCAAGGUUUCAUAGUAAUGACCUCAUGAUCGACUAAUUUUCUUACGUGGUAAAACUAGUAUGGAAAGUAUUAACAACGAUAAAAUACAGAAGAUACUUGUGACACCUGGUAUUGGUGGUCAGCCUACUUUCUCCAGUGGAUCAAAAGUAAGUCAAAAUAGAAAAGAAAUCCUUUUCCUGAUUCGAGUUCUAUGAAGUAUCUAUACUAUGUAAUUAUUAAUUUUUUGUAGGUAUCAUUUCAUUUUAUAACCCGUAUUGCCAGUAACAAUGUUGUGGUAGACAAUAGUUACUUAUGGCCCAAGCACAUGGAAAUAGUUUUAGGAAAGAAAUUCAAAUUGGAAGUCUGGGAAAUUAUUAUAAAGUCAAUGUGUAAAGGAGAAAUUUCUAAAUUUAUUGUCAACAAGUGUGUAAGUAUGCCUACCUUUUCAAUAAUUAUUUUCAUUAUUUUUACAACAAUUUGUUGAUAUUAUUGAUAUAUAUAUAUAUAUAUAUAUAUCAAUAUAUAUUAGGGUGGUGCUUAUUUUUGAAAUAAUUUUGUGACGCAGGCUCAAAAUUCUGUUAGUUACAUUGUAAAAAUAAUUUUUGUAAAUUUUAGAUAAUCUUGAAUUUUCUAUUACAAAUCUACCAACUUUUAAAUUUUUCCCAUAUAAUGGUUUCAAAAUAAAGUUUCACUGAAAUGUUAAAGAGAGCUAUUUUGUAAGAAAUAUUUUUUAUUACAAUAAUGUUUUUGAUACAUUUUUUGUAUGUUCAAAAUUCAAAAAAAAAUUAACAUAAGAACUAGAACUUUUUUACUAACUUCAAUCCCAUUGGACUUGAAGGGGUUGACUAAUCAUAUCUAAAAUUUACAAAAAUUAUUUUUACAAUGUACUUAACAAAAUUCAAAUAUUUGACUUUUAUUUUCAAAACCUAUAGGUUAAGGACCAUCUAAAUAUAUAUUUAGGUAAAUGGUUUAGAAUUAUAUCAUGUAGUAUUAAGGUUAUUUUUAGUUAAUAAUUUAGUUUAUUAUUUUUAUUUUUUUGGUGAUAUUUGUAAAAUAAUUUUUAAUUUAACAUGGUCAUAAAAUAAUAAUAACAAAUAUAUACAUACAUAAAAUAAUACAUUUUUUUAACUGUACAAUAAUUAUUUAGCUCUUAAUAUAACCAUUAAAAUGAUUUAACAAUUUGAAUAAUUGAUAGAAGUGAUGUUUCAUAAUUUAUAUGUGGAUUGUAUUUUAUCUUUUUAACUAGAUGUAUUUAUGUUUUUGGCAUGCUAAAACUAAUAAUUAUGUACUUUACUUGAUUAUUAAUUAAGAUUACUUUUUAUAAUAUUAAUCAUUAUUAUACUUUUAAAAUAUUUGUAUUUUUCUAAAUCGGAUUAAUCAAAAAAUUUGACUCGAUAAAAACAUAUGAUUAUGAUUUUUAGUUUUAAAAUAAUAAAGUGUAAGUGUGAUAUAUUUUAGAUAUCAAAAUCCGAACCUAAAUUUAUAUUUAUCUGUAUAAUCAUAUUACUCAAAUUAUUCAAAUUAUAAUUGCACCUUGAUAUAUUAUAUGCCUAUAUAUAGGUUAGGAAAACUAAUUAGAAAACUUAAAUUUGUCUUUUCUAGACACGGUAAAAUUUUCAACAAAUUUAAGCCAUUUUUGAGAUAUUUAUAGACAUUUUAAUUUUGCGAGUUUGGUAUAUAAUUUUUGUUUGGUAAGUACUCUGUAGUAAAAUUAUUAGACUUAAAAAAAAAAUGCUUGAAAAUUUAACAAGAGGUUCAUUAAAUCUUAUUUUGUAAUAAAAAUAAAAAAUUGAAUUUAAUGUAGUAUUUGCUUUUAAAAAGGAAUUUUAAUACUAGAUUUUUUUUUUUUUAUAUUACACUUGAGCAGGGUUUAUAAGUAAUAGACCUAAAAAUUAAAGGUACUGGUUUGUUAUUGUCCUCCCCAAUCGCCCCAACAAUAUAUUGCUUCAUAACCCAGGUCUGUUAUAACCUUGCAACCAUUAUUAAUUUAUAAUACUAAUAGAUUGAAAUAUAAUUUCAAAUAAGCUAUUAUCUGUUCAUAGAGAACAAGAAAAAAACAUACUAUACGGGUAUUGUUUAAUUUUAUCAUACAAUUUACGUAUCUUAAUGAUUUAAGAUUUAUCAUCAUUUUUAUUAAUUAAAUAUAAAUACCUUAUAUAAUAACAAACUUGAGUGAUAGGCUAUCGGUUUUUCAGACUGACGAAAGGGGUAAUAAAAAAUUAGUACUAAAUUAGAAAUUCAACUUCUUAAUUUCAAAAUUUAUAUUAACAAUUUUGAUGCUUUACUAAUUUUGAUAUUUAAUGAUUACUUAUGUGGUACAAAUUUAAAAAUUAUAAAAGUUUCAAUGUAUAAUUAUUUAAUUACUCAAGUUUUGUUAAGUUUUAAUUUAUUUAUUCCAGGAUCUGUACAUUUUUUGUAUACGAAAAUACUAUAUUUAACUAGGAUAGUAAAAAUAUGACCAAAUAUACAAAUACACCAAAAUACAAUUUUUUUUAAAUAGGAGUACUCAAAUUAAUACUUUUUCCACAUUAAAAAGUUUGAAUUUUUGAAUAUCUAAACUUUAAAAUGUAAUUAUGUUUAUUCAGGGUUAUGUAUUGCGAAUAAUUUGGUUUUAGGUUUUUAAAUCUCUGAUAAUUUUAAUAUAAUUAAUGAAAGUUUGGUCUAAACUUUUGUCGAGUUAUCUUCAACAGAUAAUUUUAAUAAGUUAAUCUUGAACAAUUAAUUUACAUAUGCUUUGUUUAAAUGUGUUUACUAUUUUUAGAAAAAUCAAUUUAAAAACAAGCUAUAAUUGCUUCUACAUUUUGAACAGUUUUGACAGUUCUGGAAGUUAUCUUACUUGUAGACCGUGCUUCUUUUCUUUACUUUUCUAUCAAAAGUAGACUCUGUAUUAUGUAACAUAAAAUACAACAUAUAUUAUUUAUAAUCAUAUAAAUCAUAUAAAUCAGUCGAAUUGUUUAUUAUAUAACCUAGGUUGUGACCAUAGUUCAUAUUUCAUAAACUGAGUUAUAAUAUAUAAUUCUGUUACAACUAUUAAAUAUUAUUUUCAUAUUAUACAAUUUAUAAUUUGUUUUAUUAUUAAAUAUAAAUCAUCUUUAAAAUUUAAAUUAUUUCCUUGAAAUAAAUUACACCAAUUUAAAUUUCCAACUUUUUUUAAAAAUAAUGUUUUUAUAUUUGGUACCCAUUAUUCAACACUGAAUAUUUGAAAUUUAGCAAAAUAAUCAAACAUUUUUUUUCUUGAUCUAGUCAAUUCUUUUUAAUUGAAUUAAUCUUGUUAAUGUAAACAAACCUUUUAAAUAAAAUGUGUGAAUAAUACAUAUAAUGAAAAUAUUUAAAAUUAUUUCAGUGAAAUGCUACAAUUAAUAGAAAAUGAGUUUCUUCAGACAAGCUUUUCAUAUUGUAUAUAGUUUCUCUCCCUUUUCUUAGCACUAGUAUUUAAGGUGUGUUGCAUUAUUUCAAUAGUCUAGAGGUCAAAGACUGAUAUUUUAUAGAUAUUUAUGAAGAUGGAAGUGUAGAAUGUAUUUAAAUCAUAAAAUAAAAUUAUACUGAGUAGUGCUUGGUUAAAUAUGUUUAACUAAAUUUAAAUUUUAUUCAUUUCUGACUGAAAUAAUUUUCAACUUUUCAUGUUUUUAAUUUAUUUGAACCUAUAACACUUAUAAAAUUAUGACAUAGCUCAUAAUUCUGGUUUUUGUCAGUUAGAACAAUUUAAUAACGUAUUAUUUAAUAGGUAAACCAUUAUUACAAUUAUAAUCCAACAUUGUUUAUAGUAAAUAAUUAUACUGACAAUACUUAAAAUAAGUAUGUUUAGAAAAAUAUUUAUCUCAAAGUUUAUCCUAAGGUUAUCAGAGUCAGAGGUUAUUUGGUAAUGAUUUUGAUUAAUAUUCAUUGAUGAGUAAGUAGCACAAAUUCUAUUAUAAUUGGGUUAUGUAAUAUACUAAUACACAAUAAUAUAAAUUUAUUAAAUUAUUUUUAAUUUAAAAAUAAAUUUAGGUACCUGCUUUUGGUAUACUUUCUUUUAUUUAUUUUAUCAGUUUACUAUCAAUAUUUAUAUUCGUACCUUCAUAAGAUAAUAGUUAACAAGUUCACUGUUAGUAAAUAAAUAAUUUUUUUUAAAAUUACUCUUUGCACACUUACUAUUUUAUUUACAUGUUAUUAUAUAAUACACAAAUAAUAAUAAAUUUUAAAAAUGUGAAUACCAUGCUUGUUUAACUAACUAAAAAGUUAAAUAGAAAUAUUUUAUAAAGUUUAUACAAUGAUAACAUUGAAAUUUAAUAUGAGUGUAGUAAAUGAUAAUAUACAUUAAUUUAAGAAUGGAGCACUUUUUACAUAUUGAAGGAGUCCUUUUCAUACAUUAACUUGUACUAAGGACUCCAUGCCCGAUUGUUAUUCUUUUUCCAUGGUUUUUAUUUUAUAUUUUAUCAAAAACAUUACAUGCUUUAAAUAUAUGUGUGUUAUUAUUUACUAUAUUCUUAUUCAAUUGCGAUAUUGUAUAUAAACGAGAAAAUAUUUUUAUUAACAUUAUCUGCAGAAAAUAUGAACACAGAUUAUUUAUAAUAGAAGAUAUAUAAAUAAAAUAUUUAUGAUGAAUUUUAUAUAAUUUUACAAUUUUAUCCUAACAGCCAUACAUAGUGAAAAUCAUUUCUCAACCACCUUUGAAAUAAGGGGUGUAUAUAGAAAAUCGUAUUAUUGAUUAUUUUAUUGUUAUCGAAAAUAUCAUUGCAUGCAAAAUUUCUAUUUGGUCAGAUCCCUGGGAGUAGGCUAAAAAUAGAUCACAAGUUUUAAACUCUUUUUUUUCACAUCUUGUGAAUAAGUUAAUAUAAAAUAUAUAUGGUACAUAUGAUUUUUUUUUUUUUUUUGAAUAUUUGUUGAAAAAUAAUUAACCAAUGGCAAUUAAUAAAGAAAAAUAUUCUAUUAAUUAUUAUAAUUUCAUCUACAUUUUCAAUGUUAAUAUUUAGAUUGAAUCCUAAUACUAGAUAGAUAUUUAAAUGUAUUAUUCAACUUGUUAUAUUCUCUGCAAUGUUUAUGAUAUUUUAGAUUUAUUGUUUAAGCUUUAAUAUAUUGAAAGUCUCUAUUAAGAAUUGAUAGUUAGGUUUGGUUUUUUAUGUUACAAAUAUAUUGCUGUACAUAAUUUGACAAAAAAAAAAAAUUAUACUUAACCAAUAAUCUAAACAUAUUGUUGAAACUCAGUUAAAUUAUUAUUUACAUUAUUAAAUUUAAAUUAUAUUCAAUUUUUAAAUGUUCGAAAUUUAUUUAAAUAUUUUGAUCAAUAAAUUUGAACACUGUAAAAAUAAUAAAUUCUGGAUCAGUAAUCAUCAGAUAAUUUGGUAAAUUAUUAAAAUUAUCAAUAGUUUUUAUAACUAGCAAUAUCAAAUUAUUAUUUAAUUUAAAGCAAAAAAAAAAUUUAUAAAAUGUUAGAAAAGUAUGUAGAACUAUGUAGAAAAACUUUGUGUUUAUUAUUAGAAAAAAUUAACAUAUGUAUAGAUAACAAUAUAUUUUUAAUUAAAUUUUGAAAACAAUUUUAAAUUGUUGUUAUAAAUUAAUAAUUUUGUCUAUUUUAAAAAAUAAUGUUAUCAAAUUUGUUUUUAAUAUUAUUUUCGAUAAUAAGAAUUGGAUAAUUAACAGUGAACCCUGAGAAAUAUAAUAAUAAAUAUUACAUGUAACCAGUGUCCCUUCUUCCUCUGUAACAUUCUGUUCAUAUCUGUGUUUGUAAUUUGACUUAUUUUCGCUAUUUUAAUUUUAAAACGAUAUAAAAUUAAUUUUAAAUUCAAAUAUUUCAUGUACUCAUACUUUGCUUAAAAAUUUGAAUAUCAAGAAAAAAAAUGUUUUGUUUUUAUAUUAAUGAUUAUAAUUAGAUAAAACGUUUUUACCUUUAAAUUUAAUAGUAUGCCCAUUCACUCUAAUAUUAAAACUAACAGCACAUAAUCAAUUUACUGAAUGAAAAGUUGAUAUUAUCCAAUUGUCAGUAUUAGCCAUAAUAUCUAUACAUAUAUAACAGAAACAAUACACUAAUAAAGUUUUUCAUGUAAUAUAUUAUGAUGCAUAUCUUUCUAUUUUUAAAUUGUUAACCUAUUAUGUAAAACAAUGUUGUCAUAUAGUUUUUUAAUUGAUAGCUUUUACUUUAAAUUCUGAUGAAAACCAGGAAAUUUAUUUUAUAAUAUGUUUUAUUAGUUAUGUAUCUAUGAAUUAUUUAUAUAUAUAUAUAUUAUCUAUAUAUGUUACUGUGAAUGUCCGCAGUUGGUGAAUGUUGAAAAAUUAAAAAAAUGUAAAUAUUUACUAGUGAAUGUUAACAUUUACAUCAGGAUUUUGGUCAGUGUUGACAUACGUAUUUGCACAUAAAAUAUAGAGACUAUAAACUAUAUUUUACUAUUAUUAUAGAAUAUAACAUAUAGAUUAUUUACCAUACAAACAUUUGAAUUACUUAUUAAUUAUUUUAUUACUUAUUGCAACAUGAACUGUCAUGACAAUUUGUGUUACAUAAAAUUCCAACAUUUUUACAACCACAUUUUUUUGUGGUACACUUUGUUUUGCAAUUACAUCACUUUUCCUUGCCUACCAAUAUUGACAAAUUCAAUGUAGAAACUUGCUUUAAGGAAAUUUUUUGAUCCCUUAAUACAUCAGUGAUUGAUAUUAAAUUAUCUUUACAUAGGUACCAAAAACUGACUUCUGGUGUAAUUGAUUUACAACACUAUUUUUGGUAGCUAAUUUAUAAAAUCAUUAUCUACUAUAUCUAGUACUAUGACUAAAAUAUUUUGAGAAUCCAUUUUACUGUGAUCAACAUCUGGAACUCGAAUAUGAACAGUUUCCCCAACUUUAGCCAGAAGAAACUUGUUUUAAAUAAAAUAUUUAUACAAUUAUUAAUAAUUUGUUAAUUACCUAUACUAUUGCAUAGGCUUAUCUGCAAAACAAUAUUGGCAUUACCAACAUUCACCAAAAUCGUUACAUAAAUAUCGAUAUUCACUACUGAAUGUUUACAAAUAGAACCAAAUUUAAUCAAUAUGCCGACAUUUACCAAUGACUUUAGUGUAUGUCGACAUUAACUGGUGACUGUCAACAUUCAUCAACUGCGGACAUUCACAGUAACAUAUAUAAUAUGUAUGGACUAUUAAGAAUUAUGUGAAUGAGUGCUUUUAAGGUUUUUAUUUUCAAAUAGUUAUAAAUAUUGAAAAUUCUAUAAUUAGAUAAAGUUUUAGUUGAAAUUAAUUUGGGUGUUGAUAUUUUGAAUUUCCUUAAACCCGUUGUCAAAGUAUGUCACUUAUAUUUUGGUAAUUUUGCAGAUAAUGAGAGUAAUAAUAAUAGUGAAGCAUCUGUGUUUAGUUGUGAAAUUUAUGAAAAUAUAUAGUAUAAACAAUUAUAUAUAAAAAUUAAUCAUCUUAAUAGGUUAUUGAUAUUCUUGAAAUAAUGUGUAUUAUAAUUGCUACAUUUUGUUUUAAAUAUUUGUAUAAAUCAACUUCAGUGUAGCCGCAGCUUAAUUGUAGAAUUUAUUAUUAUAAUCUCAUCAUUCUCAUCUACUCAUUGUGAUUCAUUUUUUCUUGCAUUUUCCAACUGAAGUUCAAACAGUGCGCAGCUUAUUACUAUAAUGAAUUUCCUAUUACUGUAAAAUCAACAUCUGAACUUAUCAACUAAAAAGUCAAGUAUGUUUCAAUAAUAACUACAUUUAUAUACCUAUAAUUAAUACAAUUUGAAUGCAUUUAAUGAAGUUAUUUAGUUAGAUCUCGCCUUAAUUGAUUUAAAUUAUUCUCCAUGCAUAAUACAAAUUAUUUUAAAUACCUACUGUUUUUAUACUAAUUUUAAUAUAACAUAAAUAGUAUUGUGUAUAAUUUGAUUUUUAAAUUGAUAUUUAAUUUACAAUUGUAAAGCAUACAAAUAAAAAAUAAAAAAUCUAUUUUUCAUAAAUAUAAGUAAUACAUAUCAUAUAAAACUGAAAAUAAAUAUUAAUUUUUGUUACAUUAGCAGCUUAUAUUCAAAUUUUUAAAAUUAAUUCCUAUGCAUUAUGUAUGCUUAAUCUCUAUAUUUUAUUUAGGUUAUAAUUAAUUUCUCUAAAUAUAUCUAAAUUAAAUUAAAUUAUAGUAAUUAUAUUUGUUAUAAAUAUUUUAACUCAAUAUUUCCCCAUUAAUUUUGAUAUAUCUAUAUCAUAUAAGUUUAAAAUUGAAGUUAGUUUACCAGUGAAUAGUAUUAACAUAUAUUUAAUGUAUUGUGAUCAUAUUUUGUUAUUGAAAUGAAUUAUCAAUACUGGUUUUAUAAAAUAUACACUAAGGUCAUAUCUAAAAAUAUAAAUUUGUGUUUAACACGUAAAAAGAAAAUAUUCCAAGUAUUGUUUGUACAUACUCUGUACUGAUUAUUUUAAACAUUAAAAACACCUAGAAUUUUUUUUUUAAUAUCGAAAUUCAAUUUUAUUUAAUAGUUGUCAAAUAUAUGUGUUAACUAUUAAAGUUUUUUUUAAAUUGUUUUCUUUUAAAUAAGUGACCAGUGUUAGUAGUGAUAUUAUUAAAGUUUUUUGUUUUUUUGUUUUGUUUUAAACAACAGGUAAAUUAAGAUUCCAAACAAUUUAUUUUUAUCAUGGAUCAUUGGCCAAAAGAUGUUGGAAUACGUGCUAUUCAUUUUGUCAUACCAUCAAUGUAUGUUGAUCAAACCGAUUUGGAACAUUAUGAUCAAGUAUCCGAAGGAAAAUAUACAAUUGGUUUGGGUCAAAAACAAAUGGGAUUUUGUACUGACUUGGAAGAUAUUAAUUCAUUAUGUCUGACUGCAGUUAGUCAACUAAUUGAGAAUAAUAAUAUUAAUUAUUCAGACAUAGGUCGCUUAGAAGUUGGUACUGAAACCAUUAUUGAUAAGUCAAAAAGUGUAAAAACAGUUUUAAUGAAACUGUUUGAGCCUAGUGGAAAUUUUCAAGUUGAAGGUAUUGAUACAACAAAUGCUUGUUAUGGAGGAACAGCAGCACUGUUCAAUGCAUUAUCUUGGGUCGAAUCUAGUGCUUGGGAUGGAAGACUAGCCAUUGUAGUUGCAGCUGAUAUUGCUAUUUAUGCAAAAGGUAAUGCUCGUCCAACUGGCGGAGCAGGUGCUGUUGCAAUGUUAAUUGGUCCAAAUGCUUCAUUAGUAAUUGAAAGAGGUCUUCGGGGUACGUAUAUGAAUCAUGCAUAUGAUUUCUUCAAACCUGAUCUAACAUCAGAAUAUCCAGUGGUUGAUGGGAAACUAUCCAUUCAGUGUUAUUUGAAUGCUUUGGAUCAAUGCUAUAAAUCAUAUUUAAGCAAAUGUCCUGACAAUUUUAAUUUGAACAAAUUUGAUUCAUUUAUAUUUCAUACGCCAUACUGUAAAUUAGUGCAAAAAUCAUUAGCAAGAUUGUAUUUAAAUGAUUUUAUAAACAGUAAAAUAAAAGAUUAUGAUUAUCCUUGUCUAGAACAAUAUAAGGACAUACAAUUAGUGGAUACUUAUUUUGAUCGAGAAAUCGAAAAAGUAUUUAUGGAACGCAGCAAAAGUAUUUUUGAAAAAAUGACUAAACCAUCAUUAUUACUAGCAUCUCGUGUUGGUAAUAUGUAUACUCCAUCAGUAUACAGUGGAUUAGCUUCCUAUUUAGUGUCUCUACCCUCGGAAAAUUUACCAGGAAAAAAAAUAGGUGUUUUUUCCUAUGGAUCAGGUUUGGCAUCAUCAAUGUACUCAAUCAAAAUUAUAGAUAAUGGGCUACCUACUUUGAUUAGCAAUUUAAAAAAAAGUAUUGAUAAUUUAGAAAAACGAAUUCGUGUUACACCCGAACAAUUUACAGAAGUGUUAGAAAUCAGACAAAAAUCGUUGCACCAAGCUCCUUAUGUACCAGUUAGCAGUAAAGAUUAUUUGUUUCCGGGUACAUGGUACUUAUCUAAUGUUGAUGAAUUACAUAGAAGAUAUUACGAAAAAAAAGAAUAAAAUAACAAUAAAUUGUGAAAAUAUUCAAAUAAUUUAUUAUAGUAAAUGUUUAUUAUUUUUUAUAGUCAAUAAAUAGGUAAAUUAUGAAUUAUGUAUAGAAAUAGUUAUUAGUCAAAGUAUUUAUUUUUUUUUUUUUAUUAUUAUUAUUAUUUUUUUUAACUGCUACUAGAUUUUAAGUAUAAUGUUUAUACUAUUUUCAAGGUUACAAUAGUUUAUAUUUGUUAUUAAAUAUUAACUUAGUUAUAUACUUACACACACAUACACACAUAUAUUAUUUAAAAAUUAUUAUUGUAUAUUAAUAUUAUAUUUGGUGUGGAUUUUUAUUGACAAUAAUUGUAUUAUUAGUAAAUUAUAAUUUAAAUGGUGCUGUUUGUUCAUUUUUUAAAUUUAUUUAUGGUCAUGAAAAUAUUUAUAUUUUAUUUAAAUUGUAUUAUAUUAAGUAAGUUAUUUUAAAUUAUUUCUAAGGUAUUAUCAUAGAUUACUCAUAAUUAAUAUUAUGGGUAUACUGAAUCAAAAUUGAAAUCAAAUUGAUUAUAAAUGCAAAAUAAUUAGUUAAAAUAAAAAUUUAAUUUUAAAUUGUUAUGCUGUUGUUUUUAUCCUUAAAAUAAUUCUUACAGCAAUUCAAUUAAUACUAAAAUUUAAUUUAUGUGAAAUAUAUCUACAGGGUGAUCAAUCCUUGAUAAUACACUUAUUAUCUCGAAAAGUAUUAAUUAUAUUUGGAAAAUUUUAGAAAUAAAUUGCUCUUAAAUUUCUCAUUAUUUUUUAUGAUCAGAUAUUUAUGUAUAAUAUACAUGCAUUUUUUUCUUAUCUGAUGAAGCUUUACUUAAAAUACAUUUUGACGUUGAAUUUUUUAAUUUACGUCAAUCCAUUGACUAGAUAUUCCACAAUGAAGUUUAGGUAAGGAGAAAAUAGUGAGCAUUAUUUCUGUAGAGUGCGGCUUUUGAAUAGUACUACAUUAAUCUCCUAUCAAAAUUAAAAAGUGGAUUAUCUUGUCAGUAAGUUGAUAGAAAUUAAAAAUUUAACUUAUUUAUUGAAUUUUUAAUAUAGGUUGUCACUUAAUAAUUAAAAUUAGGUAGUUGUUUCACCCCCAAAAAUAAGGGUGACAAAAAAUAAUGGUGAUAUAAAAUUUUAGAGCUACCUGUUUCUUUUCAUGGAUUGAUUACUUUGUACACAACAAAAUAGUACAAGAUCAAUUUUUCCAUAUUAUUUCAUUAUAUAAUUAAAUAAAAAGAACUAGAAUGUCAAUAUUAAUAAUGAAAAAUGUUAAAAUGGUUUUGAACAAAUAUUAAAUUAACAACUAUGUUUUAAAUAUUGAGAAAUUUCAUUUAAUCAAUGGAGAAAUACAUUUUUUUACAAAGCAAAUUUUGUACUAGAGAACUUAAUUUUUACAGUUAAAUUCAGUUACUAAAUAUUUUUUACAGUUGAUAGGAUCUUAUCCAUUCAUUUCUAAGACAUUACGUGAUGCUGGUCGUACGUCCACUCCAAGUACAAGUCAUUGUUGCACAGCUCAACUUCAAAAAAAUGGUACUGGAUACGAUGACCUCAACAAUUUACUAGCAGAACCAACAGAUUUGGAAUUUACCAUAGGUUUUUUAAUAAUUUAAUUUCAAAUAAAAAUACCAUUUUAAAUAUUGUUUGUUUUUAUAAAGAAUUGUUAAAAAUUGAGGAACCAGGUACAUUCGAAAAAGAAACGUGGCUACUUGAUGAGAAUGAAAAGCGUAAUACAAUUCCCGAACUCAAAGAAGCCGGCAAUGAAUUUUAUCAUAAAGGCAUGUAUAAAGAAGCCGAAGAAAAAUACAUGUUGGCCCUUGGUUUCUUGGAACAAAUUAUGAUUAAGUAAGUAAUUGAUCAAAAUAAAAUACUUGGUUUUGUACAUUUUACUAUCAUAUAUCACUAUUAUUGCAUUACUUUCAUUAUUUAAGACUAAAACCUCGUGAAAAGGAGUGGAAUGAAUUGAAUAACAUAAAAACUCCAUUAUUAUUAAAUUUGGCUCAAUGCAAGCUUAUUUCUAAGGAAUAUUAUCAGGUUAUUGAACAUUGCACAUCAAUUUUAGAUGAUAAUCCUGGUAAGAUUAGAGUUUACUCAUUAUUUGUUUUAAUUAUUAUAAAUUAAAUUACUUUUUUUUUACUAGAUAAUGUAAAAGCAUUGUUUAGACGAGGAAAAGCAAAUAUAUCAGUGUGGAAAAUGAAUGAAGCCAGAGAAGAUUUAAAACGACUUUCAAGUUUGGAUCCCAGUAUGCAAGUUUCAGUUAAUAGAUUACUUUGUCAAAUAAAUGAAGCAGUUAAGAAAAAAGAUGAUGAAGAUAGACAAAAACUAAGAGGAAAAUUGUUCUGAAAAUUACCAAAAACAUUAUAUUCAAUUUGCGUUAUAUAUUGGUACAUACAAAAUGUAUUACCUAUUUCAUUUGAUUAGAUGCAACACCUUAACUUUUUAUUUCUACAUACAUAAUAUUAUAAAGAAUUUAUACAAACUAUCAUUUCUAAAUAAACAUAAAAAUGCUUGGAAUAAAAACAAAGGUUACAAUAUAACAUAACAACCUCUUAGAAUUGUCUAAAAUAAUUUUACUUUAUAUAUAUCUUUAAAAUCUAAAUCUAAAAAAACUAUAACUUGAAAACAAAAUUUAAUUUUAGAUAAUAAACUCUAAAUUUAAACAUAUUAUCUCAAUUUGUAUAGGUGUCUUAUUUAGGGUGAAAAUAUGAUAGCGCUCCAAAUUGCAAUAAUGUAUUGCUAACAAAUUAAUAUUUUAUUUUAACUUCUAAAAUUAAAAUACUGAGACUACUCAUGGGGGAGCCCAGGAGUCUCAUCCAAGUACAACAUAAUUAAUAACAUUAUAAAAACUUAAUCUAUUUAAACGAAAACUUUUAUGAAUUAUGCAUACUUACAUUUUCAGUUAUAUUUAAUUAAUAAUAUGUUAGUCAAUAUUAAUUACCUUUUUAGUAUAGUUAAGCAACAAAAAAAAAGCUAUACCUAAAAAUAUAAUCUUGUUAUUAGAGAGGUAAAUUUUUAAAAAUAUAUGAAAAUAACAUUGCAGAAAUAAAAACCUUAUCUGUAACUAUGAUUAAAAACUGGUUUAACAUUAUUGUGUAAAUUGUACAUGACAAUUUUGUAUAUAUUUCUUUUUUCCUGGUGUUGUAUGAAAAUA